CAGCAUCCUUACUUUGUUUGUUCUGUGUCUGCCACAAAGUGUGCUGUUUACAGCAUGAAUGCCAAACUAAAGAAACAGAAACAGUAUGCAGUGAGGCAGGCACCAGUCUGAUGGGGAGGGAUGAUGACUGGGAGGCGCCUGCCCUCUCAUUAACCCCCCGUUUCCUCCACACCUCUUUGUUUACACCUACAUGCCGGUCAAGUCCAGACAGAGAGGCAGAAGCUUUGCAGACAGUCAGUCACUCUGUUCUUACUGAAACAACAAUGUGUGUCUCUAUGCUCAGCUUUAUUCUGCUGUUUGGGCUUUCCCAUGCGUCUGACACCGCUGCUCCAGCCCAGCUCGGGCCGCCGUCGCUUGUGUUCAGCUCCUCGGUCCGCUCGGUGUGUAAACCCAUCCCGAGCACCUUGUCUCUGUGCCACGGGAUCGGCUACAGGAACAUGCGGAUCCCCAACUUGCUCGGCCAUGACACGCUGAAGGAGGCCCAGCAGCAAUCGGCGGCCUGGCUGCCCCUCAUCUCCAAACUGUGCCACCGGGACACCAAGAAGUUUCUGUGCUCGCUGUUCGCUCCGGUGUGUCUGCCGGAACUCAUCGGGCCGGUGAGCCCCUGCAGGAGCCUGUGCGAGGCCGUGCGGGACGGGUGCGUGCCCGUCAUGAGCGCGUUCGGGUUCCCCUGGCCGGAGAUGUUCAACUGUACCCGGUUCCCGCGCGCGACCGAGCUUUGUAUCCCUGUAACCGGGGAGCAGGAGGGGCGGACGGCAGAGGAGGUCAGGCACGAGGAGGCGCUGAAAGGGAGUAUUAUCUGUGACGCCUGUAGUUUGGCAGCUGAAGGAGAAAAUGACAUCCAGGAAAACUUCUGCCACAGUCCAUACGCAUUAAAAAUGCGUCUGGGCAGUGUGUCGAUGGUGGGAGGGGACCGUCAGCUGGUGCCUACGGCCCGCAGCCGCAUUCUGAGGUGGGCAGGGGGAAGUGCAGAGAGGGCAGAAGGAAUAGGAGGCGCAAUGGCCCACAGUGCUUUGUGGCUGCAAGAAGGAGGCACCUGUACUUGUCCCGGCUUGGACUCUGCAGAGACCAACGAAGACAGGAGGUGGUUAGAGGAGGAACAGAUGGACAAGAGAGAAGCAAAAGAAGGAGGAAAGGUGGGGAAAGGGGCCCAGAGUGCAUGGUACCUGGCCCUGGCUCAGGCCGAAGAGGGACGACUGGUGCUGACUCGACUGGUGAGGUGGACCAGAGAGGACAAAGAGCUGAAGAAGUUCAUCAGAGUGCUCCUUAAACAGUCCUGUCCAGAGCUGUAGACUAGGAGUCAUCAACCAUUGCGGUCCUUGUCCAUGGACACUGCUUUGUGUGAAUCACAUGAGCACAGAUUUGUUAGAUACUAUGUUAAUGAGCCAGAUGAGUUUGUAGAGAUCUGUAAAUCUGCAUACUGGCCACUUUCUUGAUGAACUGCUCCUGAUUAACUCUGAAAAAGGUGCUAAAUCCCCAACACUCACUAACCAAUCAACUCUCCCUUGCUAAGUACAUAAUACUUUGUGUCCCAUCAAGUUAAGCAGUGUAUUGACUUGUUACCAAAUGCAUCAUUGUACCAUGAUUACUUUACCAUUACUCACAAUUGAUGUAAAAAUAGAGCAUCAUUUUACUAAACUCACAAAUUAUUAUUGUUUUCUUUUGUUAAGUUAGUGAUUAUCAGACAGAGAGCGGAGGCCUGUACUAUGAAACCAGUUCAACCUACCUAGAAUAUCUUUUCAUUAUCUGACUUGACGGACCCUAACAUUGGCCGUCUGGAUAACUGGCACUACAAAGCUGGUUAUCAACUAGUUCAGUCAACUCUGGGUUUUCAUAUUUAGCCACAAGCGUGUUCAUUGGGGAGGGGGCUGCAGUGAUAGAAUCAGAGUGUAAAUAGCAACUGUCUGUCAAUUUUGCUUCAUAGUACAGGCCUCUGAUGUUUACAUAGCUCAUUGUUAUUACCAAUGACUCCAUAAUUCUGGAAAUGUAACGCAGGCAGCGAUGGUAAAGGUCCAGACACAGCAAACCGACGUCAGAGACCUAGUGACAACAAAGGCCGACUGUUGCAUUGUCUCACUUCAGCUGUGUCUCGGCCAAAGAGUUGCACUUGAAUACAACGCAUAGACUACAGCCAACUGUCAGCUAUAACAUAUGUUGUGCCUGCAUGAGCGGAAAUAACUCUCCAUACCAACAGGCUGUGGUAGUCUAUAUUCCUCAUUAAAAAGGGAAACCAGAGAACGAAGAGGAUUCAAGAUGCUAGUUAGCCAGUUAGCACAUUAACAACACAACCUGGUGUUUAAAAAGCAAAAGAUGUUUACCAUGAACAAUGAGACAAUUACGAACUGUUUCCGCCAAAGAGCUCAAUGGUUAACAAUAAUCUUACCUAACAACUUUGUUUUGAUCUCACACCCUUUUGACUUCCAUUUCUCUUCUCGUCCUUUGAGCUUACUUGCCAGAGGGAUUUCUCUCAUCAAUUGGCUCCACCAAUCCAAUGUGCUGAAUCAGCCGACAAGUGCCAACGGUGCUGAACAAACCGCAAAAAUCUUGGGCGACAGAUGCUCACCGACAGCCUGGCAUUGACAGCUGAUUGUCGGCUUGGUGUGCCAGGGCCUAAGGCAUUGUUAUAAUAGUUACUUCUACACAUGGCAUGAGUUUUAUGAGUGAAAUCACGUCAGGCAGCUACAGUGUCGAGUCACAUCAAAAGAGAAGCACUGAAAAGAAAGGAAACGUGGUGUGAACAAUAAAUCAUUAAGAUCUUC